UAGGUGGCGCGAAAAUAACGCCCUCUCUCUCUCUCUCUCUCUUUCUAUUAAUCUUUAUCUCUCUCUCUGAUCAUUCAAUCGCCCGAUCAAAUUCUUCUAACCUCUGGCGUUUCUUUGUAAUUGUUCACGAGCAUUCCUCAUCAUCGCCGGCGGCAAUAGACUUGUGAUUCCGAUCGCGUUUGUAUCCCUCAUUACGAAUCUCGAAAGGCAUUGAAGAUUUUCGCGAGGAGAAUCACGGGAUUGUAUCUUCCCUGCCAACUAGAGCUGUUACUAUUGUCCUGCUCGAAUGCAGAAAGAAACUAGAGGCAUGAGCUACUGAAUCCACUCAAUGCAAGUUUGUUUCAUUACAGCUUGAAUGGAUGUAGCAACAGAUACAACAAGACGGAGACUUAUCCCAUCAGAUAAGAACAAUGCUUCCGCUCCCACUCGCCGUCCUCGAACACCAACAGAGGUCAGUUCAAGAUACAGAUCACCUACACCAACCAGAACCACUCGAUGCCCUUCCCCAAGCCUCACAAGGCCUACUGUUUCUUCCACCUCUCAAUCCGUAUCCGUCAAAAGAGCCGUUUCCGCUGAGAGGAAGCGUCGUCCUUCAACACCUCCAUCUCCCACUAGUCCAUCCACGCCUAACGUGUCUAUAGACUUACCGGCUUCAUCUAGGAGGUUAUCCACAGGCCGUUUGCCUGAGAGCUUAUGGCCUUCUACUAUGAGAAGCCUCAGCGCUUCUUUUCAGUCGGAUUCUUCUGUCUCAGUCCCUGUUGGUAAGAAGGAGAGACCGGUUAGUAGCUCUUCAUCUGACCGAACGUUGAGACCUUCUUCUAAUAUAGCUCAAAAGCAGAAGAAGGCUGAAACGGUCUCUGUGUCAAGGAAACCUACGCCGGAGAGGAAAGUAAGUCCAUUGAAAGGGAAGAACAAUGCAUCUGAUCGUUCAGAGAAUUCGAAACCUGUGGAUGGUCAGCAUAGUAGGUUAAUAGAACAGCAUCGAUGGCCUAGUAGAAUCGGUGGAAGGAACUCACUAAACAGAAGUUUGGAUCUUGGAGACAAGGCUUCAAGGGGACCUGGGAUGAGACCGUCUCCUAGGAGAAUGUCACUACCUUUGUCCAACGGUUCGAAACCUCUGCAUAAGACUUCUACAAACACAUCUAGUAACGGUGAUUUUUUGUCUCCAACGAAGUCGGAAGAUAACAACAUAGGGCGAAGUUCAGGAGCUCAGAGACUUUUGUCUGCAAGUUCGUUAGAUAGAGCGUCUUUAGCAACGGCUGUAUCUAAGCUGCAUCCAUUAUCUCGCCCUGCUUCACCAAGUAGAACUUCUUUUUCGUCAUCUUCAUCGUCUAUCUCCCGAGGCAUGAGUACUUCGAGAGGAGUGAGUCCUUCAAGAGGACUAAGCCCUGCAAGAGGAUUAAGUCCUGCAAGAGGUGUAAGUCCUUCGCGUGUCACGAGCUCUUCCUCUUUUGCUAGACCAUCAACUCCACCGUCAAGAGGGGUAAGUCCUUCCCGGAUAAGACAAAGCAGCGAUUCUACUCAAUCAAUCAGUACCACCGCAACUUCGGUUCUCAGCUUCAUCACGGAUGUGAAGAAAGGCAAAAAAGCAAACUACAUCGAAGACGUUCAUCAACUGCGUCUGCUUCACAAUAGGUAUUUACAGUGGCGGUUUGUAAUUGCGCGUGCUGAAGCUGCAAUGUACAUUCAACGUUUAACUUCCGAGGAAACGUUAUUCAAUGUGUGGCAUGCGAUAUCAGAGCUACAGGAUGAUGUGACCAGUCAAAGGAUUGGCUUGCAACAGCUAAAGCUAGAGAUUAAACUCAACUCACUAUUAAACGAUCAAAUGGUGAGCCUUGAAGAAUGGGCCACACUUGAAAGAGAGCAUGUUAGUUCUUUAGUUGGAGCCAUAGCAGAUUUAGAGGCAAAUACUCUCCGCCUUCCAGCCACUGGAGGAACAAAGGCGGACGUUGAGUCUUUGAAAGCAGCUAUGUCUUCGGCACUCGAUGUAAUGCAGGCUAUGGGAUCGUCUAUUUGGUCUUUACUCUCAAAGGUGGAGGAGAUGAAUAAAAUGGUCUCAGAACUCGCUGAUGCAGUUGCAAGAGAGAGUUCUAUGCAAGGAAAAUGCGAAGAUCUUCUGGCCUCUACUGCGAUCUUGCAGAUAAAAGAGUGUAGCCUAAGGACUCAUCUGAUACAAACUAGGAGAGGAGAAGAAGAGGCAGAGGAGGAGACUUCUCCAUUGUUGCCACAAAGCAAGUUUCCAUGGCCAUAAAUAACACACUUACAGUUCCACUCCUUCAACACUGAUGACUAAUCAUCACCUGUAAAUUGCUCCUUGAUGCCCUCACAUUUUUCUUUUUGAUCUUUCCUUGUUUUUUCUUUGUGUGUAAACAUUAGCAUAGGGAAAGAAGGAAGUGAAAGAUCGAGAGUUCGAAAAUCGUAGGAAGAGGAAAAAAGCAAUUUAAUUGUUUAACACGUAAACUCUAAUGUAAGGUUUCUUUGAGGCGUUUUAUUUAUAUAGAGUCGAUUAGUUUAACGA